AUGGAAAAUCAACUGACAUUGUCUAACGCAAUUGGUGAUCCAAGGGGAAGUAAUACAUCUGCAAUACAAGAGGAGCACCAUGCGGAGUUUACACCAUCAGACGACAAUGCGACAUUUAAACCAGGGAUCAUAAUGAACCAUAUUCAAGAUGGACCGAACAAUGACUUCGUCUACCAGUCAUUUGUGGAUAACAACGAAACAUCAGAAAUGGAUUAUGGUAUCAUUGCUGCCGAAAUCAGAAACAACAAUCAAGAAGACACCGACCUUCAAUUGGAAACUACUUCAAUCGAUGACGACGUACAUUACGAUUCUGAGGACAACCAAAUCAACAGGAUCUACGAUUCACCCAUGAUAUCCGAGGAAGGAUCUUUCGCGAUUGUGACAACUGAGGAUCAGCUUGACAUAAGAUAA